CUUAUCCAUUCCUUCUCGGCCAUAUUUCUCUAUCCAGUUGCAGAAGCAGUUUCCGGCGAAAAAAAGGUGAAAAAUGUCCGCCAUGGCAGCUCUUCAGAGCUCCUUCACAACACUUUCUCUUUCAUCUACUUCCUUCUUUGGCCAACGUCUUUCACCCGCUCUCAUUCCACCACAGGCCAGACCAAUCGACCAGCCAUGCCCGAUUGUGAUGAAGCUUAAGCGAUGGGAAAGGAAGAAAUGCAAGCCAAACAGUCUUCCAAUUCUACAGAAAGUGCAUGUAAAGAUCGGAGACACAGUUAAAAUCAUAGCAGGUCGCGAUAAGGGAAAAAUUGGGGAGAUAACUGAAAUCUUCAAACACAACAGUAAAGUUGUUGUAAAAGACAUUAACUUGAAGACCAAACAUGUGAAGACUAAUAAGGAAGACAAAGAGGAUGAGACUGAGAAACAAAAAGGGCAGAUAAUCAAGGUUGAAGCGCCUGUUCAUAGCUCGAAUGUGAUGCUUUACUCGAAAGAACAGAACGUAGCUAGUCGAGUUGGUCAUAAGAUUCUGGAGAAUGGAAGCCGAGUUCGUUACCUGAUUAAAACCGGGGAAAUCAUUGAUAGUGUUGAGAUUUGGAAGAAAGUUAUCAAGGAAAAGACAACUACUGAGGUAGCUGUUGCUUCUCCUUCUUCAUAGAUUAUGUAUUUUCUGUAACUGAUCACUUCUUUUUUUUUUGUUAAAAUUUUAUUUUUUGUAACUCAAAUGCUUUGAUUAAAUUAUGAGGGGAAAAAAACCCAUUUAUAAAUUUAAUGUAAUAAAAAUAUUAGAAUUUUUAUGUA